AUGUCGGAGCCGCAUAGCGUCAGCGGCGCGAAGCCCGCAUACAUCUUCGUCGAGACUCCCGCGCAGCCCCUCUCCAACACCGAGAAGCCCAAGGAGGAUUAUGGUGUUCGCACCACCACUUUCCCGGCCAUCAAGAAUGCCCCGCUGCCCGCCGAUGCUGCCGGCACCGAGAGCUUCUCCAACGUUUUGCUCUUCAGCAUCCUCUUCGGUGUCCCCUACUACUUCUCAUGGAAGGUCGGCGGUGGCUUGAAGACCACCCUCUUCUUUGCCCUCUUCACCACUCUUCCCCUGCUUGCCGCCUUCUGGGUGUCCCAUUCCAUGUUCUCCCCGCGCAAGAAUGAGAAAGCCAGAUUCCCCGGUCGCCCGGUGGAGCACUACCUCACCUUCAAGAACCCCGAGGACAAGCUCAAGUACAGCGGCAAGAACAAGAUUCCCAUGGAGACCUUCCACGAGAUGUACUUCAACGAGGAGGUUGACUUCAACGGCGACGCUCUCGACGUCAUGGAGUACCGCCACGACUGGGCCAGCUUCCAUUUCACCUAUGGCCUGAUCAAGUUCUUCCUUACCGGCAUGAUCCCCGAGGUUCUCAUGCACACUCGCUCCCAGGAUGAGGAGCAGGUCCGCGACCACUAUGACCGCGGUGAUGACUUCUACUCCUGGUUCCUCGGCCCUCGCAUGAUCUACACUUCCGGUAUCAUCUCUGACGCCAACAAGGAGGAGACUCUCGAGGAGCUCCAGGAUAACAAGCUUGCCAUUGUUUGCGAGAAGGCUGACCUCAAGGAGGGCGAGAGACUGCUCGACAUCGGCUGCGGCUGGGGUACCCUCGCCCGCUUCGCCAGUGUCAACUAUGGUGUCAAGGCUACUGGUAUCACUCUCGGCCGUAACCAGACCGCUUGGGGUAACAAGGCUCUCCGCACCGCUGGCAUUCCCGAGGAGCAGAGCAAGAUUCUGUGCAUGGACUACCGUGAUAUCCCCGUCUCCGAGGGCAAGUACAACAAGAUCACAUGUCUCGAGAUGGCCGAGCACGUCGGUGUCCGUCAUUUCAAGGGUUUCAUGAAGCAGGUCUACAACAUGCUCGAUGAUGAUGGUAUCGCUGUCUUCCAGCUCGCCGGUCUCCGUAAGAGCUGGCAGUACGAGGACUUGGUCUGGGGUCUCUUCAUGAACAAGCACAUUUUCCCUGGUGCUGAUGCCUCUACUCCUCUCGGCUGGUACAUUGAUCAGUUCGAGAAGGCUGGUUUCGAGGUCCGUGCCGUUGACACCAUUGGCGUCCACUACUCUGCUACUCUUUGGAGGUGGUACCGCAACUGGUUGGCCAACCGUGAGAAGGUUGUUGCCAAGUACGGCAAGAGAUGGUUCCGCAUCUGGGAGUUCUUCCUUGCCUACUCUACCAUCAUCGCUCGCCAGGGCUCUGCCACUUGCUACCAGAUGACCCUGGUCAAGAACCUCAACUCUACCCACAGAGCCGAGGCCAUCCACACCCAGCAGGGUCUGCUCGGUGCUCUCAGGAACACCCGCGCCAACCUCAAGGCUUGGGCCCAGGCUAACGCCGCCGAGUUCCCCACUGUCCCUGCCAACUAG